AUGAUGAAAAAAUACACCACCAAAGCCGUCGUACGUGUACCCAGUAGGACUGUUUCAAAACAAGACUUUUCGAACAAUUUCGAUGAGAAAUUGAAUAGCUCGUCGUUUUGUAUGAAAAGCCUUUUGCACAAUGUAGAAGAGGGGCUGUGGGACAUAACUGAGAACUCAUCCUAUUGCACCGAGUCGUCCUAUGAAGAAAUUUCAGUCAAUUCGUCUGAUAUUGAGGAAAUCUCGCUGUCUCCUUCUGACUCUAAAUCACCAUUGGAAGAAAAGAAGGGCCAAGAAGAAGUUAUUGAUUCGUCGACGCAGGCUACCAGUUUGCCUGAGGGCCCCAUUAUUUCUUGUUGUUCUCAUCACAGCAAAGUCUCAGACAUAACUGACGCAGAUUAUGAUUCUUUCCACGGCACUGCGAACAAUUUGAAGCAAGAAAUCGCAGCAAUAGAGUAUAUCGUCUCCAAGCAUAGGAAGUACUUCUUCUCCAAAACAGAAAUCUCCAAUCGUUUGGGACGGCUUAAAGCUGCCCAAGACGAUAUGCUAAGAGAAAAUUCUUAUCGAGCACAAUUCGGCAACAGAAACACCAAGAAAAGUCGGCGAAAACCACGAAAGCCUUCGAGAAAGCAUCGAAGUAAAAAGUCACGAUCGCCCGGUGAAGAUGCUCCAAAGUCUUCCGAUGGGUUUGUGCUGGCUUUAAUGCAACAGAGUACACAAUCCCUAUCAUCACAAAAAUGGAUUGACAGCCCUAGCAGCGUUCGGACUCGUAAGACUUCUAAUUCAAAAGAAAAAGGCAUCUUCACAACAAUGAGACCAAGCUGUCGAAAGCAUCGUCCGUCCUUUGUAUCAAUUGAUCAUGCCGGUCAAAUCAUUGAAGAACAGCCCCAUGAUCCUUCCAAGACAGGAAAUACGAAAGAACCUGCUGAAAGUCCCCUUGAUGCCGCCCGUAUGAAGCGAAUGGGACGCAAGGGAAACGUUUCUUCAUUUGUCUCAAUUGAUGAUCAUGCCGGCUUAAUUGUUGAGGAAUUUGUGUAUCGGCCUCGUCCUUCCAAGACAGGUGUCCUGUAA